UUCCCAAAAGUAGGAAUCGAUCCAUGUCCUGUUCCUUAGGUUCCGCAGAGCAGUCCUCCCUACUCCCCUGGGCUCCCUGCAAGCAUGGAUUUGCUCGGCUCCAUCCUGAGUUCCAUGGAGAAGCCGCCCAGUGUGGGCGACAAGGAAUCGCGCAAGAAAGCCAGAGAACAGGCAGCCCGUCUACAGACCCUUCAAGACCAGGAGAGGAAACACAAGGCCGAGUUCAGGAAACAGAUGGAGGCACGAGUGACCGCCUUCAUAAAGGACAGCUCUGAGAAGAAGAAACGCUUUGAGCCAAUGGGAAAGUUGGAGCGCAGCAUACUGCACGAUGUGGCGGAGGUUGCGGGGCUGGCUUCAUUCUCGUUUGGCGAUGACGAGGAAAGCCGGCACGUCAUGGUCUUCAAGAAGGAGUUUGCGCCAUGUGAUGAUGAGCUGGAGGCGUACAGACGGGGAGAAGAAUGGGACCCUCUGCUGCACCAGCUCAAGCUGCAGGAACGAAAGCGGCUGGAGGAGGAGGAGGCGGCAGGGAAAGCCGAGGGGCCGGGGACGGCAGCUCCGGAGCCGCAGCUCAACUAUCGAGACAAAUACCGGCACCUGAUCGGCACGGAAGCAGCCGAGCAGGCGGCACACACGCUGCACGCUAACGUCGCCUACGGCUGUGUGCCCACGGCGAAUAAGCGAGACAAGCGCUCCAUCGAGGAGGCCAUGAACGACAUUCGGGCCAAGAAAAAACUGCGCGCGGCCAACACGGCUGAGCCGAGAUCGGCAGAGUCGAGCGGCACAGAGUCGAGCGUGGUCGAGACGAGCGUGGUCGAGACGACCGUGGUCGAGACGAGCGCAACUGAGACAAAUGCCGCCGAGCCAAGCGGGGUGUAGACACGCUGGGACACGCAGGAAGGCGCAGCGAAGCACGGAUGAACGGGGGGAAACGCAGGGAUAAACACGGAGAGGAGGAACGGGGACGGGCAUUGAUGCAUGGGGACACGCAGAGAUGCAGAGGGAUGCACAGGCUCGUGCAGAAAUGUGCGGUGAGCCAUGGGCAUACACAGACACACUGAGUCUCGACACUGGUUCACAUUGGGACAUGCAAAAACUUAACUUAAAGCGAAAACUACACCACGCUGUUCAGUGCGGGUUGGUGAAUGGGAAGGUGCACCAAGGACCGGUUCAGAUAUCACUCGCCACUGAUGAUAACCGUGGCUGUUAAUCGAACUCGGGUCUACGCGUUCAUAGCAUUGUACGUGAACCACCGCUUCCCCUUAAUUCCUCUACACCGAAUGUACAGCAGAAAUCCAGUCAUCUACGUUGAUGUUGGGAAGGGGGGGGGCCAUAUCAAUGAGCAUCCUGUAAUUUGCAGCACACUACAGAGGUUAGAGAAAAUAAUGCACAAGUUAUUUUCUCACCGUCGCAGUGUGCCACGAAUCGUGGGAAAAAGAGCCACGUGAUUAAUCUACAAAUAAUUAGCAGAUUACAGGGUAAAUUCACAAGUGGCUAAUUUAAUCCACAGUAAAUUUGCAGAUUAUGAGGUUACAUGUUUGCUUAGACCAAAAUGCCCAAAAUCUGUCAUGGAUCUAAGAUAAAGAAAGGACUUUUAGCAUUUUUUAGACUUUAUUGACAAACUAUUUUUUACUGAAUCAAAAUCCCUGACCAUUAAAGCUCACGGAAUUGCGAGGAAGUCGAGACAUUACAUGGCUAAUAAAGUCAUGCUAUGGGUACCGAUGCACUACUAUACACUGCAACUAACAGGAAGAUAUUGGGAUACACUAGGACACAAGAACACAUGGAGAAAUACAGAGACACAGGGAGACUGCAGAACACCCAAUGACAUACUGCGAUAUACAGACGCACUGAGAUGCACGGAUAUAUUGUGACACCGGGGAUGGCCAGGUAGGAGUACACUUGUUUAUAGGCAGUGGGUGGUUAUGUCUAACAACUGGGAUUCACAUGCAGCCAAUUCUGCAAGCUUUUUGAAGCCUGACGCAGCGGGGGAGUGAGUGCAAGGUCAACACUAGGAGAGUAUUGUAGUUUGCUAAUGUCAUCGGCGAACACACGCAUUUUAUUAGACGAGACAAUGUCCAAAAACGAGACGACACGAGGUCACCAGGAGUAGUUUUCAUGGUGAACUUUUGCACUAUGAACCAUGCCCUUUCGUUUUCAGGCUUCAUUCUCUAAAAUAAUGUAUUUCAUAGUAUUUCAUAUAUUUUCUCAUCCUCCCCCCGUACAACCUCCAGAACAUUUUCACCAACCACCUAUGACGGCACAUGCAGUCAAUAUUAGCAAGCCACGUAUGUGAGCACGACUGUGCACAUGCGCAUGUACAGCACACGUACACGCGGCACAUGCGCAUGUACAGCACACGCACACGCGACACUGCAUGGGUGUAUUGCGAUUUUAUGUUUCAUUUCGAGGAUUGUCGAUUGUUUUAGUUACCAACGAAUGAAAGUAUCUUGCGACCAUGAGCACCGCUUGUUUUGUUGCAUCAUGCGUUUUCAGAUUUAACUGUUGCUGGCUUAAAUUGUGUUUGUAUAGUGUAUCUAAGAUUACAGAAUUAAAGACGGUAUGUAUUUACAACGGUU